AUCUUAAAUCUUUGUCAUGUGCGAUGUCAAUGCUUCAAAUAAGUUUAAAGCAGGGUCAGUCUGUCGUUGGCAAAAGAGUCGUGAAUGCUAUGUUGAUUGAUGUAGGUCUAGAACUUCCAUCGAUUACUUUUUUAAUAACCACAAGCUGCCCUUCACUGCAGACUGCUGCAGUAUUUAUUUUUUUCUCCAAAAGAUGACGUCAACCUAAUAUCGCUUAAAGAUAACCAGCUGAGAUACAGACAUGAAACAAACGCCAUGAUGGUGGCUCCGGGAAUGGGGUGUAAUGCAAUAUUCCGUGGUUCAUAAUUUGAGACAAGACGGCAGAAAUGUAUUACAGUUUCAUAUUCUUUUGACAUCAGAGACUGCUAUGAUAAAGCCACAGAUAUAUCAAUGAGUUAUACAUAUAUUUGAUAAAGCUUUUUAACUAUUGGCAACGAAAGACGUAUAUCAUAGGCCAACAGGAAGAAUACAGAGAAACUAUCCAAUCAGCUUGCCCGGUGAAUCCAGGUGGUAAAUCCUCCUGUUUCUCUCUGGAAGUGUAUUUUUUUGGGUUUUUCUAGCUUCCCCCACGCCGCCAUUAAAGGCAGACAGAACGGCGGUUGGAAAUUGGGAUUAAAAUGAUUUAAAGCCCCGGAGAGACUGCAUAGAAGAGAGUGGUUGUGCUAUUGCACAGGUCUCGUAGAUCCAGACGAACGGAGCACGGAAACGUAAAUAUGCGGCUUUGCACAGGUCUCGAAGGUCCGCACAAACGGAGCACGGAAACGUAAAUAUGCGGAUUUUGACCAAAUAAAAGCUUGACUUCGGGACAUACAGAUUGGGUUUCGUUGGGAAAGCUCGAGCGAUAGAAUGUUGGUCUGAAGCUCAAGAGCGGUUUGUUGUGGUUGCGCCUGGAAGAGGAGUGUAAAUACAGGAAAAGCAUCCUGCUUGCCUGUGUGAUCUCCUUGACUGGAGCUGCUAAGCAGAGUCCCUCCCAGCGGUGGAGUGACGAUGACCGAGCUGGGUGCCAAGUGGGCCUGUGAGUACUGCACGUUUGAGAACUGGCCUUCGGCCAUCAGGUGCACCAUGUGCCGCGCCCAGAGGCCCAGCGGGGGCGCCAUCAUCACCGUGGAGCCCUUCCGGAGCAGCCCUGGCCUGGACGCCAGCCGCCAGUGGGAACCCCUGAGUCUGAGUCACAGCAACAUCCUGCCCCAGGGAGGCUCCAGCCUCCUAAUCUGCCCAGACUCCAGUGCCCGCCCCCGUGUCCGCAUCAGAGACUCCCCCGAGCCCCUCUCCAGCAAGUGGUCCUGCCACAUGUGCACCUACUUAAACUGGCCCAGUGCCAUUCGCUGCACCCAAUGUCUGUGCCAGCGGCAUCAGGGACAUCAGCAGGAGCAGCGCCACCAGGGGUUGGCGCAGCAGCCACGCAGCCCCACUGAGUCACCCCAGACCUCAGGCUCAGGAUGCCGACCCGCACCCCCCUCCACCCCUACGGACCCCUGCGAGGAGUAUAACGACCGCAACCGCCUCAACACCCACGCCCAGCACUGGCCCUGUGCCGCCUGCACUUAUGCAAACUGGCCCAAAGCGUGCAAAUGUGUGGUGUGUGACCACUCCAGGCCCAAUAGCUUGGCAAAACCCAUCGAACUGGCCUCGAAGCCCGAGAUCCUACCACCCUCCAUACUCAACAAGCAGGACAGUGACAACAGGAAGGGGGGUGGGGGUGUGAGUGUGGGAAGAGGCGGAGGUGGAGUAGUGGGGUGCAGCGGUGGCCAGAGAAGGUCCCCACACACCUCCAAGCGGGAGGCGGAGGUUAAAAUGGACUUUCAGAGGAUCGAGCUGGCAUCGGGAGCCGGAGUGGAGAGCAUAGAGGAGCGGCAGGUGGACUUUAAGAGGCUUAAACAGAUAAAGAACAGGAUGAGGAGGACUGACUGGUUGUUUCUCAAUGCCUGUGCAGGUGUGGUAGAGGGGGACCUGGCUGCAGUAGAGGCCUAUAAAUCAUCAGGUGGGGACAUCGCCAGGCAGCUGACGUCCGACGAGGUGCGUCUUCUCAACCGGCCCUCUGCCUUUGACGAUGGCUUCACCCUGGUCCACCUGGCCAUCCGCUUCCAGAGGCAGGACAUGCUGGCCGUGCUCCUCACUGAGGUGUCCCAGCAGGCAGCUAAGUGUAUCCCAGCCAUGGUGUGCCCUGAGCUGACGGAGCAGAUACGCCGUGAGGUGGCUGCCUCCCUGCAGCAGCGCAAGGGAGACUUCACCUGCUACUUCCUCACUGACCUGGUCACCUUCACGCUGCCAGCAGAUAUCGAGGACUUGCCCCCAACAGUUCAGGAGAAACUGUUUGACGAGGUGCUAGACCGAGAUGUACAGAAAGAGCUGGAGGAGGAGUCUCCCAUCAUCAACUGGUCUAUAGAGCUAGGAACGCGGUUGGACAGCAGGCUGUAUGCCCUGUGGAACCGCACGGCCGGGGACUGCCUGUUAGACUCAGUACUGCAGGCCACCUGGGGCAUCUAUGACAAGGACUCUGUCCUCCGCAAGACCCUUCACGACACCCUGCACAACUGCUCCCACUGGUUCUACACGCGCUGGAAGGAGUGGGAGUCAUGGUAUUCCCAAAGCUUCGGCUUGCAUUUCUCACUCAGGGAGGAACAGUGGCAGGAAGACUGGGCUUUCAUCCUCUCACUGGCCAGCCAGCCUGGAGCCAGCCUGGAGCAGACUCAUAUUUUUGUUCUUGCACACAUUCUUCGUAGACCAAUCAUCGUCUAUGGAGUGAAGUAUUACAAAAGUUUCCGUGGUGAAACACUUGGGUACACCCGUUUUCAAGGUGUGUACUUGCCCCUGCUGUGGGAGCAGAGUUUCUGUUGGAAGAGUCCCAUCGCUCUGGGCUACACCCGCGGCCACUUCUCUGCACUGGUGGCCAUGGAGAAUGACGGCUUCGACAAUCGGGGUGCAGGCGCCAACCUCAACACAGACGAUGACGUCACAGUCACCUUCCUACCGCUGGUAGACAGUGAGAGAAAGUUGCUCCACAUCCACUUUCUCUCAGCACAAGAGAUGGGGAAUGAGGAGCAGCAGGAGAAGCUGCUCAGGGAGUGGUUGGACUGCUGUGUGACAGAGGGUGGAGUGCUGGUGGCCAUGCAGAAGAGCUCCCGCCGGCGGAACCACCCCCUGGUCACACAGAUGGUGGAGAAGUGGCUGGACGGCUACCGACAGAUCCGCCCCUGUGCCUCGCUCUCAGACGGUGAGGAAGAUGAUGAGUAACAAAACGGGAGUAGGCGGGGUCCCUAGGGGCAUGGACAAACUGUGAAAGGGGAGGGAAUCAUGAGCCUCACUCUACCCUGGCAGAGGACACACACUUAGAGCUAUCUGGACAAACCUGAGACUGACAGAAAAAAUAACUAGGGAUGAUCAGAACUAAAGGAUUGUAGUUUUCAAAUGCUAUUGAUCUUUAUUGAUUUUCAUGUAAAAUCUUUAGGCAAAAGUGUAAAUGCAUGUGGUUGUUUAAAAAAUAAGUAUAAGGAAAUAUACCAGCAUCGAUUCAAAUCAACACAUCUUUAUAUCGGUUUAUUAUGGGCACUGCCGAAAACACACCCAAAAUUACUGUCCUUUUAGUAGUUUUUCCAGUUGAAAUGGUUGUCUUGUUUUUUGAUGGGCAGGGUCUAGGCCAACAUAUCUUUGGGUCAGGGCACCUAACAGAGAACUGCUGCAAUUGUGUACUAUGAACUUAAUUCUUAAAGGGAUACUUUAGGACGAAGCCCUUUUGUCAACGAAGCCCUUUAUCUACUUCUCCAGAGUCAGAUGAACCAUUUACAUUACAUUUUAGUCAUUUAGCAGACGCUCUUAUCCAGAGCGACUUACAGUUAGUGAGUGCAUACAUUUUUUGAACCCACGGGGAUACCAUUUGUCUCUGCAUCCAGUAUGAAGUAAGUUAGAGGUAGUUUCGCGAGCCAAUCCUAAUUAGCGUUAGCGCAGUGAAUAGAAGUCUAUGGUAUCUGCUAGCAGUUACCAACUUCUUUCAAACUGCACGCAGAGACAAAUGGUAUCCACGGGUUCAUCUGGGGAAGUAGAUAAAGGGUUUCAUUGACAAAAUCCCCUUAGUAUCCCUUUAAUACUAAGCACUGCACAUUUAUGACUAACUGCUUGAAUAAAGGUAAUUUAUGAAGCUUUGAAAAGGAAAUUCCCUUCACCUCAAAGCUAGUGUCACUAAGGUUUAGGAGAUCCAACACAUUGAUGAUUAGUUUACCCUUUUUCCCCAGAAUGGCCAAAAUGAAGUCUUUAUUUUCUUGAUCUCCAAACUAAUUCUACAUAUUUAUUUGUUUGGGAGCUUUUGAGCUGAGAUCUUUGAUUCUCUGUAUUUCUUUUUGUGGUUUUGUCAUUUCUUUCAAUCCUGAUGAAGACGUUUGUUGCACAAACAUUUUUGCUUUGAGGAAAAUAACCAUUAUGAAAGUUUACUUCAGUUCUCAUGUAAUUUAGUACCUCAUUUGGAUGUUUGGUGCUUUUUUUGGAGGAGAGAGUAAGAUGCAUUCAAUGUCGACAUUAAAACAGAAUCACACUA